GGGGCCUGUUUGGUGAAGGAGCAGAGCGGACGGAAGCGCGGAGGGAGCCGCGGGAUGGAUCCCAGCCUGCCAGUUUUCUCCAUUCAAGAUAGUCCCUUUGGAGAUGCGCCCCUGGGUCGAAGCCACUACUGGCCAUCCCGGAGCCAGACCUGGUGUCCCAAGACCCUGAGCCCAUCCAGGUCUCAGAGAUCCAGGCUCCCACAAGUUCCCAAGGCUCUAGCCACAGGUCCCAACUCCCCUGAGCUGUUUGAGGAGUCCUGGCCAUCCAGUUCAGGGACCCCUUCCCCGCCCAGCACCACUGAGGGACAGAUGGGGGCCUCCCCAGCACCUACCCUGAUUGACAGCGGGGACUCCGUGGUGGCCAAGUAUAUAAAUAGAUUCCGCCAGGCUCAGCCCACCAGUCGAGAGGAGCGCCAGCCUGCAGGCCCAACCCCAGCUGACUUUUGGUGGCUGCGGUCUGACUCUCCAGACCCUAGCAGUCAAAGUGCAGCAGGAGCCAACAAACCAGAAGGAAGACCCCAUACAGCUGUCCCUACUGCGGCCAAGGCGACCAGUGCAUCCCACGCUGUGGCUCCGCUUCAGGAAAUAAAGCAGAAUCUCAACACAUGGAACUCAUCCCUGCUGGACCUGGAGACACUGAGCCUACAGAGCAGAGCUGCCAGGCUGCUCAAACGCAGCAAAGCCUCCAUCUCCUCCUCCUCCCUCAGCCCCAGCGAUGCCAGCACUUCCUCAUUCCCCACCAGUUCCGAUGGCCUCUCUCCCCUCUCGGAGACCUUCAUCCCUGACUCCAGCAAGGGCCCUGACCCCAGGGCACCCGCAUCCCCGGCACCAGCCCAGGCCCAGACCCCCACCCCUGCUCCAGCCCCAGCCUCCUCCCAAGCACCCCUUCGGCCAGAGGAUGACAUUCUGUACCAGUGGCGGCAGCGGCGGAAGCUUGAACAGGCUCAGGGAAGCAAGGGUGACAGAGCUUGGGUGCCACCUCUGACCCCUGCCCUUCGCACUCUGACCUCUCCUGCUCCAGUGGAGACCCUCGGUUCUCUGGGGACACAGCCUAACCAUGUCCCACUGUGGAGCAGUGUGACCGGACCUGGUCCACCAGAGGCCUUCUAUAUGGAGAGACCUCCUUUUCCCUCAAUGUCCUCUCCACACAUCUUUUGGGCCCCCAGCCCCCACGGGUUCUUCUGCACCCCACAGUCUGGGCCUUGGAUAUCCCUUGGGGCUGUUCCUCCCACGCAGUCGGCCUCCACCCUAGCACAUCUGGGCUCCACCCUCGUGCCCCCAGCUCCCCUGGCCUCCACCCUUGCAUCCCCGGCCUCCACCCCGGCUCCCCUGGCCUCCACCCCGGCUCCCCCAGCCUCCACCCCGGCUCCCCUGGCCUCUACCCCUGCACCUCCAGCCUCCACCCUCGCAUCCCCAGCUGUUCCCCAGGGCCUGCCCAUCCCUGAGCCAAGCAGCUGUGCCCAGCCUAAGAGCCUGAGGUCCACGUCUCGGAGGAGCAGAGCCCCUCGCCGAGAGGCUGCCGAGGGAGUCACUGCAGCUGGCCAAGGACCUGGCCCUCAGCUCAGGGGUGUCCUGGGCCAGGUAGUGGCAGCUCGGCUCUUCCCUGACAGCCUGGAGGACGCUCCUUCUCACUUCGAGGGCCCGCCUCCACCUGAGGCUGGAUCUCUGAAAGUCAAGGCCACACAACCCCAAACCAAGGCCACUCCCCCUCCAUCUGAAUCCCGGUGUCGGGCCAAGGCCGAGUCUCGGAAAGCCAAGGCCUUGCCGCCAGCAGCGGGGUCAGUGAUCUGGAAGAGCGAAGCCACUCCUUCCUCUGGAUCCUGCCGGCAGCCCGAGGUCCCACCCUCUCCAGCUGAACAGGCAUCCACAGUCAAGGCCUCGCCGCCUGCCUUCCAGGUGGGGUCUCCGGAGGCCCUGGCCCCGCCCCCUCCCUCUGCUGACCACGCCCCCUCGGAGGCCCUGCUCUCCCAGGCCGCCCGGCUGCUGCAGGCUGCAGAAGACUCUGACGGCAGCGAAUUCCAGGACGAUCCCGUGCUGCAGGUGCUAAGAGCCCAGAGGGCAGAGCUGAGACAGCAGAAAAGGGAAGCGGAUGCCCGAUUAUCGUUCCUGUUGGACCAGGCCAAAGACCCGGGAUCUUGCUCCCCUCCAGCCAGGUCGCCCCCCAGGUCCCCAAGGAGGCUGCUACGAAGGGAAGGAGCUUCCCUGGAGGCCAGACGACUUUGAAUUAUACAUAGAGAUUCUAUUUUAUGCAGCGAGGCUUUUUUUUUUUUUUUUUUUUACACGGUGACUGGUUAUCUGUGAGAAAGGGGUUGUUUGGAAAGGCCAAGGGGUCGUGCCAAUUUAAGGAAAUGCCCCCCACUCUCCUCUGCCCCGUGGCUCUGCCCUGCACCCCCCUUUCCUGACCAUGGAAACAAGACCUCCUUUCUGGUUAUAUCUUCCUUGGGGCAGAGAGGGUUUCAGACAAGACUUCUGGCAAGACUGGGACCCACCUUAUCUGACUUCACUCAGGAACCCUGGCUCAAAUGGGACCAAAGGACUGUCCUCUGGGGAAGAAGCUACUAGGGUCUUUGGAGUGUUGGAUGAUGGUCAGUCUGUAGCCCACACCUGCUUGAGCAGCAGCAGCGUCUGAUGCAGCUGACCCCUCCCUCCUUGAAGCACUUUCCCUCCCGGCUUCCAGCACUUCUCUCUGCACCUCUCUGGUCAGGCCUCAUCACUAGCCCAGCAUGUCAACUUUGGCAUGACCCAGGGCCAUAGCGUUGACAUCUCUAUCUACACCCACCCACAGGUGCUCUUGUCUAGCUUAAUGACACUAAACCCCAUUUGUAUUCUGAUAAUCCUCAAAUAUCUAUCUCUAAUCUAGACCUGGCCCCGAAACCUUGGGCUCCUACCUCAUCACCAUUUCUACCCAAGCGUUUAAAAGACAUCUCAGAUUCCAUAGGUCCUAAAUGUUUCCAAUCUUUCCCCCUAAGCAUGCUGCUCCC